AUGGCUCCAUACAGCAAUCUUUUCCUCGUCCUUGGACCCCUUCUGGUUUCUAUCUUUCUUCUCUCUUGUCAAGCCCAGGCUGCGGCCAUACAAGCCAGAGCUAAAGAGCCAAAAUUCUUGACCAAGUCUACGGCAGACCUAGAAAAAAAAUAUAAAGACCUGAAACAUGGACCUAAGCUGAAAAACGGCCCCUCUUUUGUGAAAACCAACGAUAUUCUUUGGUUCGACAACCAUUUUGCUAGAUGGGACCAGUUGUUCAAGCAUUAUCCGUACGACGAUGAUAGGGAUUACCUUCCCCCCGAGGAGAAUCCAUUUGGGGGUAUUCAUCCAAGGCUCAAGGCUGCUCCAUUGCCAGGAUUCGAUGCGAAGACAAAUCCCUUCUCCUAUAUUGCCUCUGAGUCGCCCAUCAAAGGAGGAAAAGGCCAGAAAACGCUAUACUGGGACAUGAUUUGGGCGAACAGCAAGGAAGAAAUCGUCGCCGUUAGCUUGCUGGAGUCCGAUUCGGACUAUACCCAAGAACAAGUCGACUCGCUGAUUCCGAGCAGAAAGGGCAACCCUAUCUCCUUCUAUGCAAUUGAUAAUGACAAGGGAUAUGAGACCUGCAACGUCAAAUACACUGUCGACUAUGAAGAUGGAAGAGACUACAUCAACGGCGAUCUCCAGUACCGCCGAGUCCGUCUCCGGCGUGGCGACCAGUCCCGAAUAAUCCAUUUCUACCACUACACCGAAUGGAUCUUCUCAACGAGUAUCUCAACUGAGGAGCUCCAGCAACUGAUCGAUAUUGUCAACGAAAGGAGCAAGAGUGUCCCAGACACCCCCAUAGUCGUGAACUGUCUCUAUGGGCUGGGCCGGACGGGGACGUUCAUCGAGGCUCGCGAGAUCUCCAAUGGUGCCCAAGAGGCGAAAGACAACGGCAAAAAUUGGUUUAGCAAAUACGCUUCUGGCAGGACCGAUCCUAUCGUCGAUUACACGAAUCGCCUGCGCCAGAUACGAGAUGAUAUGAUUGACAGCUCGAAGCAAUUUGUUUUCCUGCAUCAGCCUUGGGCGGAUGCCAUUUACAAAAAGCUAUACGGUUAG